AUGAAACUUGACUCCCCCGCUGCUCACUCCCCUUCUCCUUCCCAUUCUUACCCCUCAGCUCCCCAUUCCCCAUACACCUCUGAACACUACCCCUCCCCAUCCCCAUCCCCUCCUCCAAAAUCCACGCUAUUCUUACCCUACAGAAACUACCUCCUUUCCACCACUGUCCCCCCCACCCCCAAACACGCCCAUGGUAGCUCUUCUAUAUAUCCCACUACGCCCCACGCCCACCAGGAUCACGCCCAUGCCCACAAUUGGAAUACCUCAGAUUUCUUGGGCCCUUGGGAUGAUUUGGAGUAUGAGUAUUAUGAGGAGGAGCUGCAGGAUUCCCUCUGGGGCGUCAAGGAAGGGAGUCUUAUUGAUUCUAGUCCUUCUACUCCUGCGUUAUUAUCCAACAUCCUCCCUCCUUCUCCUCAAAAUCCACAUGAAGACUCAAUCUAUCCAUCUGAAAAUCCACAUAAUGAGCCUGUUUAUGCAUACGAGGACCUUGAUUAUCCACCUCAAAGUCCACCACACGAGGAGUACGUUUAUCCACCUCAAAAUCCACGUGAUGAGUCCGUUUAUCCACCUCCGCCUCCAUCCUCAUACACACACCACCGCCAGUCCUCUUCCCUCACCGUUACUCCAAAGUCACACACGACUCCACCUCCUCUUCCACCCACGGCUCGUCCACAUAGGUCCUACAAACCCACAACCUUCCGUCCGCGUCCACAUAGACCACGCCCACAACAACGCCCACGGUUCCACAGACGCCCUGCCAUCACUUUUUAUUCAGAGGAGCAAGAGGAAGCUAAAGAUUAUGAGUACCGUGAUGAAGAUCCCCUUGAUGACCCCCCUACGACCCCCAAUGACCUUCAGGAGUCGUACUACCCUGGUCAAGGUCGUAGUUAUUACUCAAGGGAGCACGGCAGGCUGUACGGACCCCAUGUGGAUGAUUCUGCAGCGCGUGGAGUGGAGGGAGUGGAGAGUCUCACGAAGGAUCACCUGGGUUACCUUCAGGAGGCGUGGCUCGGGUACCUGGAGGAGGACAAGGCCGCCUACCACCCUCAAGAGAUCCUUCGUCAGUAUUAUAGAGAUUCCUACACCCGCCACGCACACCUCCGCAGGGACCCCACCCUCGCCCCCGCCUUCCACAUUAAUCCUUACACUCAGAGCUACGUGGAUCAUGACACUCCUGCACCAACUCCUACAUCCACUCCUACACCCACCACCUACCGCCCACACGCCGCACCCCCGCCCACCACUUACCACCCUAACUAUGAGGAUGUACUGCUCCACUCCACCACCACACCCACGCCCACCAGGGUUCCAAGAAGACGCCGCCCAUCUCAGUCAUUAACCUAUCCCCCAACAUUCCGUGGAAGACAACACCGCCCCCCUAAACCCACUUCCCGCCGCCCACAUUCCACCACUACCACUGUCACCUCUCCACCACCUCCAACCUCAGUGCCUAUUGUUACCACGGCAUUCCCCACCUACACUCCCACGCCCACACAUGCUCCGCCACACAGGGACGAGUACAGCGCCACACCCGCCUCCUUCUCCACCACGCAGGAGCCCAAAUACCUGAAAGUUAUGUCUGAACUGGCCGCCGGCAAGUCACUUCUGGAUCUCUUCCCCUUCAGGAGAACCGAGCAGCCACCCCACCACCUCCCAGCCACCACCGCCGUCCCUGCACGCUACUCUACAACUCUGGCGCCAAGGAAACGCCCUAAAGGACCCCCGCACAAGAGGAAACAGCGCAGACACCGCCUCUCCCCUGGGAAGACAUCACUGAAGUCCACGGUGAAGCCCACAGCUACUCCCCGCAGGCGCCGCCCUCUACCAUCCCACGACCAACCCCCGGCCAGGCUGCCUCUGCCCGAUAUGACUCUCACCCAUGACUCACCCCGCACCGCCGCUCCCACAUCACCGACCCCAACCACGCCCAAACCUGUCACGCCCACCAAGAAAGCCCGAGGGAAGCCACAACGCGGGCAGAGUCGAGGGAGAGUGAGAGCCACCCGUCGGCCAGGGCAGUGGAGGCCAGGGGGUGGCAGACGCAUCUCCACACGUAGACGCCGGCCCCCCACCACCACUCAGGCCACGCCGCGGGAGUCGGGUGAAGCUUCGAGUCAGGAAGUUGAGUCUGUAGGCGAGUCACAAGAGGAAAAGAGCACAUACCAGGAGCCCGCACCCCUCAGACACCCCGGGAAGGCCAGCAGCUCCCGGCGACCUUCCCCAGUCAAACGCCGCCGCCACCCACUCACCGCCCGCCGCCGCGUCACGACCAUUCCUCCCCCCUCCACUGACACACCGUAUUCCGCCGAGGACCAGGACGUGACCGUGCCCCCGCCAUCUGAAGACCCAGACACUCCUCACUCCCAGGAAGAAUCCCAUCCUCCAACCCCAGGCAACCCCUCAGAGGAAGUCCCGCUAUCCCCGCCUCUUUCCCAACCCCCUCCCUCCUCCUCCUCUGGGAAGAAAACAGUGAAAAGUGAACCGCCUUCUGUCUCUACAAAAGAUUCUUCUCCCCUUGACACUAAACACAGCACAUCACCCUCCUCCUCCUCCUCCUCCUCCUCCUCCCCUCCUCAGUCCCCGGCCCUGCAGCAGAGUCGGCGCCUCACCCCCCUCUCCCUGUGCCCGCAGCCACAGCCACACAUCCACCACCGCUCCACCUCACUCUAUCCUCACUCUCACUUCCACACUCCACCUCCUCCACCUUCAGUUGCCAACCCACAGCCCAUACUCUCCACCUCCUCCACCUCCUCUUUCACUACAGACAGUGAAGUGGGAGAGGAUAAAGUGGAAGAUGACGAUGUGAGUGGAGGAAAGGGUGGAGUGGGAGAUUAUAUCGGCUCCCCCUCUAACAUCCACGUCUCUAUCCACCGCCAGUCAUUCCCACAGCAAAGUGGAGUGAACAAGCCUCCACACACCCAGACGAUAUACAGAGAUGAACUUAACACGUGGAAAAGUGGAGAGAAAAGUGGAGUAACUCAACACAAUACCUUUAAGACGUCGAAGGUGGAGACGAAGAUCACUCACACAUACAACACAGCGCAGGGUCACUCUCAAAGCACAACUGACGCUCAAAAAUCACAAUUACCCAUAGCGCACCACCAAUCUCCCGCUGCCUCGUCAGGUUACUCCCAGGAACUCCCAGAGCCCCAUAAGCCCCCAUUUCCAGCCUCACAUCCUUCCUAUAAGGGUAACACUGAUAACCCUUACCUGUACUUUAAACACCUCCACCAAGGAAACAACCAAGGCUCCUCGCCAUACAUCACCACCACCUUCACCUCCUUCGUCGUAUACCAAAUUAGCAUCAUCAACAUCGUUACCACCUGCUUCCUCCUACAGUUUAAUCUCCACCGUCACCACCACACCGUCUCCACCACAACCACUACAUUCUCAGAGCUCUACCCCCCGCCCUUCACGCACCUGGAUUCGAGGCGAAAAACCACACCUCCGUCAGUAGCUCCUCCCGCCGAAGUGCUGACGAAGGGGAGUAGUAUUGAGCUCCUCUCUGAUCGGGAACUUCAGAACAUCGUGGCCACGGGUUUUGGGCUCAAGAUUUCAGGGUUUGAACGGAUUAUAUUUUCAGGACACAACUAUCAGCGGCUCCACCACCACCUCCACCACCUCCACCACUCCCCUCCUUUAACCUCACAACUCCAGGCCACUCCAGGAGAGUCGCAAAGCAUGUCUGAUAAUAUUGUUGGAGGCGAUACCAGGUGCUGGGUCACUAAUGAAUGGCCCGCCUACCUCACAGGUGAAGCAGAAGCAGGCGCCGCAGGUGAAGAGAACGCUCCCUCCUCGGCAAAAGUGAACGACAAGGACACAGCUCAAGGAGAGAAGGAUGCAGGGAAGGAUGAGAAGGACGUGAGUCUGGAUGAGGUGCGUGAGUAUUCUGUGGCCUUAUACCGCCACCUGCAGGACCAGCUGAAGACGCGGCAGCUGGCCACGCCCCACAGGCCUCGCAGACCCAAGCGACGCAGAGUGACGAGGCAGACCACCCUCGCAGACACCGGCGACCUGGACAUAACCAAGAUGCUCGCCCACGGCAUGACCUACGUGCCACCUGCAGAUCCUAAAGCCCUCCGUGAAGCCCUACGGAAACUCCUGCAGCUCGCCAAUGACCAGAAGAAGAAAGGGUACUUCUAUCCCAAGCCCAACGCUCCCCCUGUGCCGCCGCCAGCGUCCCCUGAGAGUCGCGAAAACCCCGAGGUGUCCAGGUUUGCGCCGGAGAGGCUUCAAGAGAUAGAGAGCUUCGGGGUGGACGCGAGCUUGCCGUCACAGGAGGACACGGAUGAGGAUCUGUUGCCGCUGCUCCACCUGGUGGCUUCCGCACAACGUUCUCAGGGCAACGGGUACAUCCCUCCCCCCGUGGACACCCUGAGUGGCAACACAGGCACACGCGCCCCGCAAGACCAUUGGUGUCCAUACCCAGAGGCUCACGCGCUUGCCUACACCAUUCCGCCCACACCUCGCCCCAUCCCGCCCACACUCCCAUCCAGACCCACUAUCCCUGAGCUAGACUUUCCUCCCCCCACUCGUCCCGCCACACCCAGGCCCAUCCCUGGGGCUGUUCCCUUCACACCGUCGCCUCCUGCUAUCCCUGAGGUCGAGUUUCCUGACUACUUCGGAAACUAUGACUAUGACGGCUUAGAUUCAGGGCUGUCCGGAACGGGAGGACCUGACGAGGACCAGGGUUUCAUCAUCCUUGUGGACGGUGAGGACGAGGAUACGGAGAGGGUGAACAGUGGGAAGUUUCCUUCACCCACGCAAGAGAACAACCCCCAACAACCCAUCAUUCUGGUGGAUCCUGCUGGUGCUGACGGAGGUCUGGCGGGCCGGCGGUUUCGCGGCUCACAGGUCAUUCUCGUGGAGCCUCCUAAGGAUGAUCAUGAGGGUGCGGGAGUUAUUCCUAAACCACGCAACGCCAUCAUUCUAGUGGAGGAGACGCCUGAAGGGUCACCACAGGAUGCAGGAGUGAGAGGAAUCCCGCCCCUGUCCACCGCUAUCAUCCUUGUGAACGAAGCUGAAGGGGAGCAGGGACAGGAUAGAGCCAAGACCGAGGCACAAGUCCAGGGUGGCACUGGGCCUCGAGACACUAGGUCCUCGUCUGUGAUUCUCGUGGAUAAGAACGCCGGUAGGAUUUUCAGUCCCUCGGAGGUGAAGGCAAUGGAUUCAGCGGUGAUCCUCGUUAACGGGGCCACUGGCAGCCUCGUACAGGGCGGUGCGGAGGUGUCCCAAGACCAGGUGAGGCCGAGGGACGAAGGGCGCCCCACGAUCGUGCUGAUAGAACCCAAAAAUAAAGAUCCUGCUGACGGAGAGAAAGGCAGCUCACGGGAGGCAAAGGAUAAGGAAAGGAAGGCCAUCAUUCUGGUGACUUCUGACGGUGAAGGAGGAAAGAAGAUCGAGGCCAAGACGGCGAUCAUCUUGGUGACUGAGGAGGAGAAGGAGAAUGAAAGGAAAACCAUCAUCUUGGUGAAGGAAGAAGACGAGCAGAAAAAGACGAUUAUUCUGGUGAAUUCUGAGGAGAAAGAAGAUGAGGCGGAGAAUGACGGCAAGGCGGCGAUCAUCCUGGUGAAGAACGAGGAAGGAAAUGUGAGGAAGCAGGAAGACAAGAGAACGGAACGAGAGAAGAGUGAGGAUAAUGCCGCGAUAAUCUUGGUCCAGUCUGAGGACGGAACGCUGCGGAUUGGGGGUCGAGGAGAGGCGCUGGAGGACGCUGGGGGCUCUGUCAUUAUCCUGGUGCAGGAAGACAGCGACUCUCUCACCCUGCAGACCAAAGAGACUCUCGCCCAGCCAGACCAACCCGCAUCCCAGCCCGCCCAACCUCUGCGGGAGAGCCACAGGAGCCAGGUGGUUAACGCUCUGUUGAGGCCCACAGGCACUACCCUCAAGGCCCUGGUGGAACUGCGUGGUAGCGGCAUCUCCGGGGAGGCACUGAGGGCAUCAUUGGAAGAGGCACAGCGUGGGCGGCGUCUGACGGCUCGCACUAGGCGGCUGAGGCCACAAAGACGCCGCUGGGCCGCCAGGUCUCGCAUCCUCGGCCUUGAGGACUCCUCCAGCAGCCCCUGGGAGACACCGGCAAGUGUAGGAAGGGAGGAAGAAGACACAACGUCAUUUGGAGGGGAACGCUACUUUAACGACUCAGACGACGAUCUGCUGGAGCUGUUGACGGGGAUACGCGAGCGGCAGAGAGACGCUACGCUGGACACCCGUGAACACUCCGGCGGAAGGGAGGAGUAUCUGAUCGGCGGGCGGGAGGUCAGCAGGGUAGGAGGAGAGUUCCCCUCGGGACGGAGGGAGAGCGGGAGGAGAGCAAGCCCUGAGUUUUCCGGCGGGAAGAGGAAGUGGAGGAGGAGGAGGAAGCGCCUGAGGGGCAGCAGGGAGUUGGGGGCGGACGGGUGGAGUCGUGAGGAGGCAAACCCGAGGGACGAUUAUGACAGCUUCGGCACCUCAGGCACCCCCGCCUUUCUGCCCCCCCUCUCUCCGCUCCCCCCUACCGGCCCUUCCAACCCAGCAAUACCUGACAAGAUCCGGGAAAUCAGCCAGGCGGUGCAAGCCAGGGCAGCGGCCUGGACCAGCCGCGCCCUGCAGCGUUCUAACCCAUCCUUCAGGAGGCAGUGACACCAAGGCCUAAGGAGUGUCACAGAUGUAUCACUGCGUGUCACCACAGUGACGCAGGAAGGAUGAUGCCUUAAUGAACGUCAGUGCUUCAUUCAGUCAAAGCAGUGAUAGGAGAGAGUGGGUGAGACAAUGAGUCCCAGCAGUGAGCGAGGCUGCUGCCUUGGCGGGUGGAGGUCGCAGGUCACGGAAAAUAGUGACGGUGAUAAAACUUGAUGAGGGCAAUGUGGAUAACUCAAAAACUUACAUGAGUGAUGAUAAACCCAUGAUUGUUACGGAUAGCUACGAAGGUGUUGCUCAUAACUACUAUUAUUAUUAUUGUUAUUACUAUUAUUAUUAUUAUUAUUAUUAUUAUUAUUAUUAUUAAUAAUAUUAUUAUUAUUAUCAUUAUUAUCAUUAUUAUUAUUAUUAUUAUUACUACUACUACUAGUACUGUCAUUAACAUUGUUAUUAUGAUCAGUCAACAAAUACUAAGGUAUCUUCACAUAAAGAUUACAAACAUACAUGAAAAUUUUUAUUUGUUUAGGAGAAACAGCGAUAUUCAUUAAUAUUAAUCUCUUUUGUUUGUUUGUUUCACUUUGUUGAAUUUUUGUUUGUGAAAAAAGUGUUCUUUGUUGUGUAAUUUUGAUUCUGAUGAUCUGUUCAAUGUAUGCUAUUGUUUGCUUGACUGUUAUACUGCGCUGGUACGCUAAAAUGUGUGUGUGUGUGUGUGUGUGUGUGUGUGUGUGUGUGUGUGUGUGUGUGUGUGUGUGUGUGUGUGUGUGUGUGUGUGUGUGUGUGUGUGUGUGUGUGUGUGUGUGUGUGUGUGUGUGUGUGUGUCAAUCUGUAAAUAUGUAGAAACAGUUAAUAUUUC